AUGUCAAGUGAAAGAGACAACGAAUCCAGAUACACUAAAAAUACAAGUCGUACGGUGCGUUCGACGCGUACGAGUGCUUCCAAUACAUCUGGAGCUUCUAUAUCUUCUGAACAGAGAUCUAAGGAAUAUUCGAGACAGAAGGAUAAGGAUCAGGGAAGGGAUAGGGAGAGAAGAGAUAGAAGUAGAGACCGUGAAAGGAACAGAGAUGAGGGAAGAGAUAGAGAGAGAAGAGAUAGAAGUAGAGAGCGAGAAAGGGAUAGACACUCAUCUAGCAGCUCAGUCCUAUCGAAAAAAUCCUCUCGUGCACCUUCUGAAGUCCCCAGCAUAACACCCUCACAAAGUAUUAGUGUCUGUGGCCCACCCAAAUCUCGCUCUUCCGACCAAAAAUCUCGAAGCGGAUCAAGUACAGCACUGUCAGCAACUAAAAAACCAUCUCAUCGAAAAGGUACCAGCGAAGCACCCUCAAUCCGUCCAAACCUACCCACUGUCCCCGAAGAUAGAACCGUCAUCGCGGACCCCAGUAACGGAUAUCGAAGAUCCGCAAAUCCAAGUGAAGCGAGUCAAAGCACUUAUAGCUCUCGGACGCAUGAAUCUCGAAAUAGCAGUAGGAAUUCUCAAAGUAUCUACAAUCCCGCUGCAAGUCGCGCACCAAGCGAAUUAUCCAACAUGUCUAAAGCGGAAAUCUCGCGUUAUAUGCCUGAUGCUCGUGAUUUACAGGAGAUACAAAACAGACAUUCUAGUAUGGGAAGUGUAGCCAAUUCGGUCAUGGAUCAUAUGGAACGGAAGGCGGGACGGGAUUUGGGUAAUACGUUGCUGCUUGAUGGGGAUGGUAAGCCCAUAGGAAUGGCAGAAAUGAAGCUUGGUUCUAAAUAUGAUGAAGGGGGGCUAUUUGAGUUGAAAAAAGUGGAUGAGGGUGAAGAACAGUAG